GACAAGAAGAUAUUCGGAGUAAUUUGAACGCAGCCAGCAUAUUUCCAUGCAUUUGGUCAUCUGACUCCAGGAAAGACACGCCGUCGCUGACUUGUGAUUCAGAUCAAAAUUCUCGCUUACGAAACAGAACAUUUUUGGUGUUGCCAAUUAGACAGUGGUGGAAUAAAGUUUUGCACUUUGUUACAAUUGUUAUUUUCUAUUGUUUUGUUUCUCUCUUUCUGUUAUAUUGAGGCUGGGAGAGGGAGAGGAAUGGUGGCGGUUUUUAUUAACAAUAGGGACCUUAAGAUACCCUGGACGCGGCCAAGGACGACGUGAACCGGAAGUAAAUUCGCAAGGUCUCAGUUUUAAUUUGCAUAAAUGUCACGCCACUUGACGGCCACCACCUCAGUUGCGGCGGCGACGAAGUUUAUUUUGGCGGCCUCUCAGAAAGAUUUACCGAGCAUAUAGAGGGUUUUUGUGUAAACGUCAAGUCUUCAGAAAGGAAUCCGAAAAGCAGUAUGGCAAUGGAAUGGACAAACGACCACGACAUUGCUCUUGCUCGGGAGGUUUUGUUAUUGGAACCGUACCGUCACAAGGCGAGGACAGUUGAAAGAGGAAAAGUGUGGCAAAAAGUAGCCGACAACCUCAAUUCGCAUGCCAUAUUAAGGUUUCUUGUCACAAAGAAAUCGGUGAGGGAGCAUCUUAAGCUUUUACUGGACAAGUAUCGUGCAAGAAUGCAGAAGGAACGGAGAGAUAGUGGAGUGGAAGUGGAGGAAACAGAGCUGGACCGAGCCCUCGAGGAAAUCAACGAGAAGUGGGAAGCAGCUGAAGAACAAGAUAUAUUAUUGUUGAAUAACAAGAAAAAGACAGAGGAAGACAGAGCGAUGGGAGAGGAGGUCCGAAAGAGGGCGUGCGAAAAGCUGAGUGAAACGAUGAAACGGAAAGGAGAAGGUGAGGGUUCGUCAGAGCCGUCGAAGAAAAGGUCAAGAAAGGGUGGCAAUGAUACAAUAGAGUUUCUGAGGGAAAAAGCAAACAUUGAUAUGGCAAUGAAACAAGAAGAACAGAAAGCCAGAAGGGAAGAGCACGAGCGACAAACAAGGCUUUAUGAACUAGCACUUGCUAAUCAACAACAGCAGCAACAACAGAGCAAUCAACUCAUGAGUUUGAUGUUUGGCCUCAUGCAACAAAUUGCAGGAAGAAAAGACAGUUAAUCUUGACAUGAAAGCAUUCCAGAGAAUAUACUUUAAUGUUUACUUCAGAGUGCUUGUUUCUACUUAGUUCAACAGUUACGUCUUGAAGUUUUGACGACUUGUUAAGUUUGAAAAGCUUGAUGGCAUUUUGGGAUGGAAUUCCCUUUUGUGUUCUUUGUUGUCUACAUGUAUGGUAACAACAAUAAAAGCCAUUGAUUGUUCUUUCA